GUCUUGAGGUCAACAGGAUGCUGAGGGCAGGGGGACACUUUGUUUGGGCAGCACAAUCUGUUUAUGAGCAUGAAGAUAACUCGCAAGAACAAUGGAAAGAAAUGGAGAACCUUUCUUGGUGUAUUUGUUGGGAACUUAUAAAGAGGGAAGGGUACAUUGCUAUAUGGAGGAAGCCUCUGAACAACAACUGCUAUGUUAAUCAGCAUCCUCAAUUACAACCUCCUAUAUGUGAAGCCAAUGACGAUCCAGACAAUGUUUGGUAUGUCAGUCUAAAGGCAUGUAUCACUCCGUUACCUGAGAAUGGUUAUGGGGCUAAUGUUACUAGCUGGCCCACACGCCUUCAUUAUCCACCAGACAGGCUACUUACCAUAAAAAUGGAUGCCUACAAUUCCCGAAAGGAAAUAUUCAAAGCAAAGUCAAAAUAUUGAAACGAUCUUGUAAAUGGUUAUGUUAAUGCCUUCAAUUGGAAAGACUUACACCUACGAAACGUGAUGGACAUGAAGGCUGGAUAUGGAGGGUUUGCUGCAGCAUUACAUGAUUAUGGGAUUGAUUGCUGGGUUAUGAAUGUUGUUCCUGUUAGUGGUUUCAAUACAUUGCCUGUUAUUUAUGACCGUGGGC